AUGGCAGAGAUCUUUGCUGAGGCCCUUCAUAGACGUCGCGCCGCCCCGCCAAGCGUACCCACAGCAGCGUCAACCGCGAAACUCGCUGCGACAAGAAAUCAACUCAUAGAUUAUACCAAGUUUGAAGAGGCAAGUCGUCUCGAGGAGAAGGACCGGCUCCAAGCUCAAGCAAAGAUACUAAAGAGGGAAGUGGACGGGCCUUGCAAAUGGAUCAAGAUGCUUGAAGAAUUACGACUCUACAAGUUGCUGUCGUUGAAAAUUCGGAAGAAGCGUGAGGCUGACCAGCAGGAGCUGGAUGGGAUGCAACGCGAUAUUAAGGAUUUGGAGACAAAGAUUGAGGGUCUCAGGCAAAGUAAAGAGCGUUUUACUCAAAUCGGGCAAUAG